UUCAGCAGCCUAUGAUCAUCGCAGCCUGAAGGAGGAAAAACCGAGGCACUCGCUCGCUUUCCGCCCCUCUUACAAUUCCCGAUUUUGGCCAUUUGGGUCCAACCGCAGACACAGAUUCUCACUUGGGUCGUGUUCGUUUACUCGCAGAGAGGGCGAAUCGUUUGUGGGUUUUUUUUUGCGGGGAUAGAUCCCGAGAGCUGUGCAGCAUGGAGGCAAUGCUGACCUGCGGAAAUUGGACGCAGACGCUGGGAUGUGUGGGUAAGGUUAGGCUGGGAGGCGGCGGAGUUUCCUCGGACAAGACGGUGUUUGGCGCUCACAAUGGUUUGCGGAGAAGUAGCAGCGCUGGGUUGAGCUCAGUGGCGAAGGAGCUUCGUGUUGUGUCGUCUUUUAGAAGACGACAAGCGGCGAAUGUUGGGGCGGGGGAUUUGAGUGUGAGGGCCGCGAGUGGCAAUGGUGCAGCGCCGAAGCAGUUUGAUUACGACGUAGUGAUUAUUGGUGCUGGAGUUGGAGGGCACGGCGCCGCUCUUCAUGCUGUUGAGAAGGGGUUGAAGACGGCAAUCAUCGAGGGAGAUGUAGUGGGCGGAACUUGCGUGAACCGAGGGUGUGUACCUUCGAAAGCUCUCUUGGCUGUGAGUGGACGGAUGCGCGAACUCCGAGAUGAGCACCAUCUCAAGGCCCUCGGAAUCCAGGUGGGAGCGGCAAAUUUCGAUAGGCAGUCAGUUGCUGACCACGCCAACAACCUGGCCACUAAAAUUCGAGGAAAUCUCACCAACUCUAUGAAGGCACUUGGUGUUGAUAUUCUGACUGGUGUUGGCUCCAUCGUGGCUCCUCAAGUUGUGAAAUAUGGAAAAAUUGGAUUUUCUGACAAAACUGUGACAGCACGCAACAUUAUCAUUGCAACUGGUUCGGUGCCUUUUGUUCCUCCAGGAAUUGAAGUUGAUGGAAAGACGGUGUUCACGAGUGACCAUGCGUUGAAGCUGGAGUGGAUUCCCGACUGGAUCACUAUUGUCGGAAGUGGUUACAUUGGUCUUGAGUUCAGUGAUGUUUACACUGCCCUUGGAAGCGAGGUCACGUUUGUUGAAGCUCUUGAUGGUUUGAUGCCAGGCUUUGAUCCCGAGAUCGGCAAGCUUGCACAGAGGAUCUUGAUCAAUCCUCGUAAAAUUGAUUAUCAUGUUGGAGUGUUGGCCAAGAAGAUUACUCCGGCUAAAGACGGGAAGCCAGUGCAAAUUGAACUUGUUGACACAAAAACCAAGGAACCAAAAGACAUUCUUGAGGUCGAUGCAGCCCUUAUCGCAACAGGGCGUUCCCCAUUCACGAAAGGCUUGGGGCUCGAAAAGAUCAAUGUGACUACACAGAGAGGAUUUGUACCAGUUGAUGAGCGCAUGCAAGUGCUUGAUUCUGAAGGCAAGCCGGUACCACACUUGUAUUGCAUCGGCGAUGCAAAUGGCAAGAUGAUGCUUGCUCAUGCAGCAAGCGCUCAAGGCAUUUCGGUAAUUGAGCAGAUUGCUGGCCGAGAUAACAUUUUGAACCAUAAUAGCGUGCCCGCGGCCUGUUUCACGCACCCUGAGAUCAGCAUGGUUGGCUUGACUGAGCCACAAGCAAGAGCGUUGGGAACGGAAGAGGGUUUCAAAGUAAGCGUUGCAAAGACUAGCUUCAAAGCCAACACCAAGGCGCUUGCUGAGAAUGAAGGCGAGGGACUAGCUAAGAUGAUCUACCGGCCAGACACUGGCGAAAUUCUGGGUGUUCACAUUCUUGGUCUCCAUGCCGCUGACCUUAUUCACGAAGCCUCAAACGCUAUUGCGAUGGGCAACACCAUCAGGGACAUCAAGUUUGCUGUUCAUGCCCAUCCCACCUUAUCUGAAGUUUUGGACGAGCUGUUCAAGGCAGCUAAGCUUGACGAGGAGCAUGCGGCAGUAGAAACCCCAAAGGAAGUACUUGAAUCAGUGAGUGCUUGAUGUCUCGGCUCAGUCGUUCUUGUCGAAGAUUAUUUGAUUUCUGGUCGUCGUAUUUAUAUUUAUAUAUCCUACACAACCUGGAGUUGCGCAUGAUUUCUAAACAGACGUUAAGUCUGUAGAAUCAAGGUUUAGUUUACUUCCAACAUCCAUUGACAAGCGCGGUAGUUAGGAUUGAUCAAAGCUUUAGUGAGGAUGCGGAAAUAGGUAAGAAUUGAAAGAAUCCUCAUAUUCGAGCGGUUUUUAAUUUGAAAUAGUUUCAACGACGGACAGUUGUUGGAUCUGUCUUGUGCACAAUUCCCGUGAAUCUUUAGCAGGUUUAACGAACUCACAGCAUGAGAAUCAUUCCGACAUCAGUGGACGAGUAAACUUCUGUGAAUUCUGCAAUUAGGAUCUCUUCCUUUUAGAAAUAAGGUUCUCGAUUUUCGUGAAACAUUUGCCAAGUGCCCAAAGUGCAGUAGAGACUGCAUUCUUUAAUGCCUUUUCCUAAAAGGUAUUACUGUUAAAUACCCAAAUUCUCCAGAUUCAUCAA